CUUCCUCCGAAGCAAACAUGGCGGAGUACGACCUCACCACCAAAAUUGCCCACUUUUUAGACCGUCAUCUCGUGUUUCCCCUGCUGGAGUUUCUGUCCGUCAAGGAGAUCUACAAUGAACAGGAGCUGCUUCAUGGGAAACUGGACCUCCUCAGUGACACGAACAUGGUGGAUUUUGCCAUGGAUGUUUACAGGAGCCUUUAUUCUGAGAAGGACAUUCCGCACACGCUGAGGGAGAAGAGGACAGAGGUUGUGGCCCAGCUCAAGCAGCUGCAGUCGGAGACGGAACCCAUUGUGAAAAUGUUUGAGGAUCCAGAAACGACAAGGCAGAUGCAGUCCACCAGGGAUGGACGAAUGCUCUUUGACUAUUUGGCAGAGAAACACAACUUUCGUCAGGAAUACUUGGACACGCUGUACAGAUAUGCCAAGUUCCAGUACGAGUGUGGAAACUACUCCGGAGCUGCCGAAUAUCUCUACUUCUUCCGAGUCUUGGUCCCGUCCACCGACAGGAAUGCCCUCAACUCGCUGUGGGGCAAGCUGGCCUCCGAGAUCCUGAUGCAGAACUGGGAGGCGGCCAUGGAGGACCUCACCCGCCUGAGAGAGACUAUCGAUAACAACUCGGUCAGCUCCCCGCUCCAGUCUCUCCAGCAGAGGACAUGGCUCAUCCACUGGUCUCUCUUCGUCUUCUUCAACCACCCAAAGGGCAGAGACAAUAUUAUUGAGCUCUUUCUGUAUCAGCCGCAAUACCUGAAUGCGAUCCAGACCAUGUGCCCCCACAUCCUGCGUUACCUAACCACCGCGGUCAUCACCAACAAGGAUGUCCGUAAGCGCCGGCAGGUCCUGAAGGAUUUGGUGAAAGUCAUUCAGCAGGAAUCUUACACCUAUAAAGAUCCCAUCACGGAGUUUGUGGAGUGCCUCUACGUGAACUUUGACUUCGACAGCGCCCAGAAGAAACUGCGGGAGUGCGAGUCGGUUCUUGUGAAUGACUUCUUCCUGGUGGCCUGUCUGGAGGACUUCAUCGAGAACGCCCGGCUCUUCAUUUUCGAGACCUUCUGCAGAAUUCACCAGUGCAUCAGCAUCGGCAUGCUGGCCGACAAACUGAACAUGACUCCCGAGGAAGCCGAGAGGUGGAUCGUCAACCUCAUCCGCAACGCCAGACUGGACGCCAAGAUCGACUCCAAGCUGGGCCAUGUGGUCAUGGGGAACAACGCCAUAUCACCUUACCAGCAGGUGAUUGAGAAGACCAAGAGCCUCUCGUUCCGCAGCCAACUGCUGGCCAUGAACAUUGAGAAGAAGCAGGCCCACAGCAACCGAAACGAGACGCCGAACUGGGCAGGUCAGGACUCCGUGUUUUAACAGCGGCAGCGUCGACGGCUCUCCUUUUCCACACUUGUCUCUCAUGGAGCACGGCGCUCGCUCCGCACUCGGUUGGAGUCAUCACCCGUUCAAUAAAAGUGACCAAGAAAACCA